AGAAAGGAAAGUCAACUUGAAUCAAAUGAAAUUGCUUAACAUGAAUGCUCGUAACAAAUAGGAAUUUAAUUUAUUAAAACCUAUAAAUUAAGUGUAUCCUAAUUUAUAUAGACUAUCAAAAAUUCAUAAACCUAAUAAGUCCUUACGUCCAAUUCUAUCAAUGUGUCGAUCAAUUACACAUUAUCUUAUAAAAUGGUUGAUGAAACUAUUGAACCCUAUUGAAAAUCAAUUGUAUAAGUAUUCUUUGAAAGACUCAUUUGAAUUAAGUAAAUACUUUAUGGAUAUUAAUAUAAAAACAAAGACAAUGUACUCCUUUGAUGUAAACACUUUGUCUACAAAUGUACCUCUUAGAAAGACUAUUGAUAUAUUGUGUGACAAUAUGUCAUUAAAUAACGUUCCAUUGCCAUUUCCAGUAAAAGAUUUAUUGUUAUCAUUUACUAACAUGAGAAAUUCACUUUUGAAUUUGAACAUUUUCGACUGAUUGAUGGCAUAGCUAUGAAUAAUGCGUUACGACCAUUGCUGGCCGACGUGUUUAUGGGAUAUGUAGAAAGUCUAGCUGAAGUUUCAUUUCAAGAGAUGUCUGUAUAAGCGGUGCAUGGAUGACAUCGAAAACCCGAUUGGCAUGUAAGC